CCAAGGUCACUUCCUGUUUUAUCUUAUUGCCUACGCGUGUGCUGUGAUGUUGUUUAAGUUAAAAUCAUGAAUAUUCUCACUCGGUCUAGGAAACUAAUCUCAGUAUUUAAAAGUAGCGUUUUACUGGAUCGCACCGGCGUUUUAAGAAGCGUCUGUUCGGUCGCCAAAGCUCGUAAAGACUUGUGUUUGCCUCCACUUUUCACAGCAAAUGUACCCUCAUGUCAGCACAGACAUCACGUAUCCACACUCAAUUUAGACACAAAAAGAUUAUACUCAGAGAUUUGUACUGAAAGCGAUGAAUCAACGAAAAGCACUGGCGUAUUUCGAGAGGAAUCACAGGAGAUGGAGAGGGACAGCAGUGCACUGAAUCAAAGAUCUCCAGAGAAGUUUACCAUUGAUGUUCUGGUCUCUCUACUGCGUCAGGAAAAUGCUGUGGACAUCUGUGUGAUUAAAGUACCAGAGCAGAUCACAUACUCAGAGUACUUUAUUGUUGUCAGUGGUGUAUCCCCGAGACACCUCCGUGCCAUGGCCCUUUAUGCCAUCAAAGUGUACAAGUUUCUAAAGAAAGAGGGAGCACCGGAUGUCAAGAUGGAAGGAAAGGAUGCAGAAGACUGGAUGUGUAUUGACUUUGGGAACAUGGUUGUCCACUUCAUGCUACCGGAGAGCAGAGAAGUGUUUGAACUGGAGAAACUCUGGACUCUCCGCAAGUAUGAUGAGCAGCUGAAGAGCAUGCCCACGGAGACCCUACCGGAAGACUUUAUAUAUGAUGGCAAAGUUACAAAGUGACAAAUCAUCUAAGUUGUGACUUUAAACCGACUUGACUACUUCUUUGUGACUUUAGAUGCAGCCUCCUCUAUCCCUGUAAUAAGCAACUUUAUUGUCACUUAAGUCAUAUUUGGUCAAAGAGACAACAUGUUUUGUAUUUGGAAUUGAUAAAUGGAUUGAUCUCUCAAACAGAUAAACUGUAGGGCUCACUGUCCCCACCACGUUGAUUAAUUGUAUACACAUUUGUUUAACAGCAUUUGUAAAUAAAGUAAUUAUGUUUAAAUCA